AUGAGCGAGUCAAGUUCAUCCUCGUCCUCCUCUUCUACCGCCUCCCCUACGACAACCUCCUUCAUAACGUCCGUUACAUCCACCAUCCUCUCCACCAUAUCCGAAACCAUCUCCGCAACCAGUACAGCCACAUCCCUCUCAUCGCCCACCCCCACAACCACGGUCCCUGACCCAACGAUACCCCAGCAGACCUACGAUGACCCUUCCUUGGAUCCGAGCCUGCUUUGUGAUUGGACCCGCUCGGCCACCGGCUGUAAGGACUCGGAUUUCGUAAAGUACAUGCUCAUCACUUCCUCGGCCGCACACUUCCUCGUUGCCUUGUUUGGCAUUUGGUUGCUAAGCUAUCGCAACCGAGGGUUCAACAGCAAGAUAUUUACAGAGCUCUUCGUCAAAGUCGGCACCGGCAUCCGGCCCAAACCUAUGGACUGCAUCGUCUUCUUUACGAGCAUCGCCUGCUUCGUCAAGAUUGUUGCAAAUCUCAUCCUAGUCUCCGGUGCUCUACAGCAUACCAUGUGGCUACGCGUCGCCAUUGAGCAGGUCUACUGGAUUUUCGUCGCGUUUGCGUUCUCAUCAUACUUUGUUGGACUCCUCUACGCCAUGCCCGUAACAACACGUGAGGGUAUCUUCGCAGUCUAUCAUCCCGAAGUUGUCUUUGGUACCAAGCCCCUGCCCCCGAUCCAUGUACUCACCCCGACAACCGUCCAGAAGAACUCCAUGCUCGCCAUCGGUGCCAUCUACCCAACGAUCUUUGGCGCAGGUCUUGGAAUCGCUUCGGGAGCGCUGCAUGAUUCCGGACAUUACUAUGCCUCGAGGGUUCUCAUGCUUCUGCAAUACUCGAACUGGGUCCUGAUCUUGUACACGAUGGCCCUGAUGUUCUUUUACUAUGGACUAAAGUACACCUUUAUCCUGCGAGCCAAUAUCAUUAUCGCAGAGGCGGCACUCAAGGCGCCGAGGGCGGCUUUUGGAAUUGGAAAUCUGAAAUCGCGAUCACCAGCACGGUUCUUGUUCAUUCAGCUACAGAUCACUGGCUUUGGUGGAUGCGCGGUGACGGUCCUUGCAGGAACGCUCUGUAUACUUUGGGUUCUUUUCAAAGAUAGGAUUUUGGAGAUGCCGAAUGACCGAUUGCCGCAUACGAUGGCUGUGUUCUGGACUUGCGCGAUUGCCUUGGCUUUCUUUGUGGUGAUGUCCUUGAUCGCUGCACAGUCCGUCAGGAGUCGAAGACGUGGACUGCAUGAGCCCUCGACGACCACGGCGACGAUGACAUUGUCGCAUUCGGGGGGACAGAAGAGUUCAGCAAACAGAGCCUCGAAAUCCGGACACCAGUUUAAUAUCUCAGACCCAGAGACGGGGUUGACGCAUGAUAGUUCGCAUGAACUGGAUUCACAGGACUCGGAAAAGGGAUCGUUGGAACGAUAUGAUGACCCGAGAUACAUCGUAUACCUGGAGGAAAGUGACCGUCAUCGAGCGACGGUUGCGGCAUCAGUCGCUGCCAUGGCGGCUCUGUCAGACAGCAUGGACCAGGAGGCUGCCAUGAAUGGACAAAACCGAGAUUCUUGGAGACCUGUUAGCCCUACGUCGCCUACACGGUCAUUGACGAUCCAGAUCAACAACGGCCAGGCAAUGACGAAAACUCCCAGCAAUAUCCGCGAGUCUGUCUUUGGAGGACGCACAAUUAGAGAGGAUGGCACCCCAGGAUCACCACCACUUAGCGGGGGUGGAUUUUCACUACCGUCAUUCCCACUUGUAGCCAUGCGAUCGAACUCUAAGAACAGCAUCCCGCAACAACCAAGGCCUUCUACCAGCUCUGCGACCCACACGAGCUCAACCAUCUCUUCAAGGCUCUCACACGGAUCUUCCAAACAUGGCACCUCCUCCAGCGGCUCCCUGGGGUAUCCUCUCCCGCCUACUAGCCCAGCCCUGAACCCUGCAUCUCUGCUGCAACAACAAACACAACAGCAACUCCAGCAGCUUCCGCAAUCCAACCCUCGCGUCUCUCUGCAGCGGAUACAUGUCAAGGGCGGCUCCUUCCAGACCAUCCCCGAGAGCACUGCGACUGCCACAGCUGGCGAGGACUACGGCGGCGACCUUCUGUACAGCGACAGCAUGCGUCAAGCCUCUUUUGAAUUAUCGUCUCCACCACCGCAGUCCCCCAAGCACGCUCGGAUGAAGUCCUCCUCACGAACCCAACCCUCCCCGAUCAUGGUCCCGACUCCUUCCUCACCACGCCACCAGGCCCAGUACAUUUACCACGAGAGCAACAUGCCCUUCCCGCCCACUUCCUCUGUAAAGCACUAUCAACAACCGGACCUGCCCACCGACAUGCAGCUCCAGCAACAACAUCCGCUGCACCAGGUCGCGUUCAAGGGUCUCUCACCUCCUCCACGCUCGACCCCUCAGAGUCCCACGAGCCCCACGAGUCCUGUACGCCGAACCGGCGGCGCGAUGGUCUCUCCACCAACAUCGCCCACAAUCAUUACGGCCGUCCCUUUGAACGCACAAACCUCUCCAUCGAUGCAGACACAGUCUCAGCAACAACAGGCAUCUCCGCGUAUGGGAAAUGGAGUCCGACGUGGUGCUAGCAACGGUGCGAGCAAAGAGAACAGGGAGAGGGAGGUACUUACAGCGCCUUCUCCCAGUGUCGCGGCUGUCGUGGCAGCAUCCAGGGGUCCCGGAGGUGGAUAUCAGAGCCAAAAAGAUGAACCCACGCCUUUGCAAUCACAUCCGCAGUCGUUGAGAGGUCGAGGCGCACCGGUUCAGAAGCAAGAGCUUGAGGAGGAGGAGGAUGGCGCAAGUGUCGGUUCUGCAGAGGAUAACACUUGGCCCUUGCCCCCCACCUUCAAGUCAUAA